AUGACGGAUUUUGACAGAAACAUGACAUCCCUUGGAGACGUUUUCGAUAAUGUAAAAGAAUCAACAGAAAGAAACACAAAACUGAUGACUGAUAAUAAGACACUCACAGACAAGUGUAUUCAGAGCCAAAGAAUCAUGGAAAAGGAUCUGGUGUCAAUAAAAGAAGCUAAUGAAAGUCUACAAAACUCUGUUACAGACCUAAAGGCUCGUUCAAUGCGCGACAAUCUGAUAUUUUCUGGAAUCCCGGAGGAGAGACAUGAAGACACCGAAGCUGUCCUACAAGAAUUUAUCCAAAAAAAGUAUAAACUGGAUUACGAAGUCCCAUUCGAAAGGGUCCAUAGAAUGGGUAAAUGGAAGGAGUACAGUUCCCAUCCCAGAAAUAUUGUUGCCAAAUUUACCUAUUUCAAGGAUAGAGAAUUAAUUCGUACACGUGCCCCCCAGAAGCUCCACAAAUCCAACGUUUGGGUAAACGAACAAUUUCCCCCUGAAAUUGAGGAAAAGAGAAGGAAGCUAUAUCCCGUCCUCCGCCAGGCAAAGAAAGACCACAAGAAAGUAAAACUGGUCCGGGACGUGCUUUACAUUGACGGACAAGAAUAUAUCCCUCCUAUAGGAUCCGCUCCGAGAGCAUUUCCAACGCCCACGCCAGCUCAGAUGCGAUCCGCCAGCAAUCAAACAACCGAGCGACAAUACACCCCGCAAAACCCGACCAAAGACGACCGACAGGCUUUUAAACGACAACGUCAAGGAUCAACCCCCGACCGAAUUGGAUAG